GGCGUGUAUACGCACUCUCAAGACCAACUUAACGGACGACCCAGUUCGCUUUGAAACGACGACAUUCCGUACUUCAAACUUAAUUGUUGUACCUCUCCUGAUUGUCAAUUUCGCCAUAAAUCACGAAUGAUGUCUGCCAGGAGGCAGUCAUCCACGACAUCUCUAGCCAAAUAUGCACGGACCACUUCGCCCGAUACCAAUAUUCGCUCUCUGGAUUUCUGUAACUCAUUCUGGGGUCUUGGAGAUGCAGGUGUAGAAGUAUUGUUUGCUCGAAUGCGAGGAGGGGCAAGGACAAUGGAUGAGUUGAAGAACUUCUGGAAGGAGCGAUCUGCGAUCGAAGAAGACUAUGCAAAACGGCUCGCGAAGUUGGCCAAAAUGUCAAUUGGCAAGGAUGAAAUAGGGGAACUACGGAACUCCGUGGAUACAUUGCGUCUCGAAACCGAUAAGCAAGCCGGUUAUCACUUGCAGCUUUCGCAGCAAAUACGGAAUGAUCUCGAAGGUCAGGCCGCGGCUUUCUCCGCAAGGCAGCAACAGCACAAGAAGACCUAUCAAGCCGCUAUCGAGAAGGAGUUCAAAGUGAAGCAAACACGCGAACAGCACGCAAGCAAAGCUCGGGAAAAAUAUGAAUCUGAUUGCCUCCGUAUCAACUCCUACACUGCUCAGUCGACGCUAGUUCAGGGCAAAGAUCUCGAGAAAAUUCACCUGAAGCUCGAACGUGCCCAGCAGACAGUGCAAGUAAACGAAAAUGAUUACGCCCAGUUUACCCGGGUAUUGCAAGAGACAAUGCAGAAGUGGGAGCAUGAUUGGAAGGCAUUCUGCGACACCUGCCAAGAUCUCGAGGAGGAGCGAAUGGAGUUCAUGAAGGAUAAUAUGUGGGCCUAUGCCAAUUCCGUAUCAACAGUAUGUGUCUCUGAUGACGAGUCUUGCGAGAAAAUGCGACUCGCCUUGGAACAAAUGGAACCGGAGAAGGAGAUGGAAAAUUUUGUACGUGACUACGGAAUGGGAAAUGCGAUACCCGAACCUCCGGCAUUCGUCAACUACACCAGUACCGAUGCAGUGCCUUCAUCUUCUGCUCGCAUCGCUACUCGUCCUGCAACCUUUUCUCGGGUAUCACAAAGGUCAUCGGCCGGGCGCAGCGCUCCCCCGCCGGAGCCCGAAGACCCCUACGAUGAUACCAACCAUGCAGGUGUAGGGGCGAUUGGUGUAGGAAGUCGCAACUCUCCCGCUGAAUCUACCCUCGCGAGAAGUCAGACCCAAAGAUCUCAAAGUGGACGCUCUCAAAUGAACGGUGUCAACGGGCAUGUAUCCCCUCUCCGCGAUACCCAACAUCAGACGUCCGAGGCACAGAGGCGCAACAGUACAGCCUCUGCUCUUCGACCUACACAAGAGCCCCGUGGGGAUCCAGUUGACCCUACAGUCUCUACCACGCAGUUAGUUAUCGGAGGGCAGACUUGGAAUGUUGAUCCGAACAAGGACCCGCAACAGCAGAGAGCCCAAUUUGGGACUUCUCCUGUUGGAGAGCAAAAUGACCCAUUAGUCAGGCAAAUGGCUGAGCUCACCGCUGCCCAGAACUUGGCUAGGCGUCCUACCGCUCGCAGGGACACACUAUCAGGACAAGAUCCCCGCAGAGCUACAACUGACUCUCUCGUUACCCCUACUUCAGCCAACUCUGGCAAUCGUGAUUUCCGCAAUUCAGCUGAAGUCGUGGUUGGGUCAUACCCCCUUGCACCGUCUCGCUCGAACUCUCCAAAUCCUCCUAAACCCAUUCUUGCAGCUCCUCCGCCACCCUCACUUUCACAGUCUUCCUCGAACCUCCCAGUCGAGCAAGUCCUCAAUAAUUAUGGUCGUACGUUCCCUGGAGAACAACGAUCUCGUAGCAGGGCUAAUAGCUUUGUUGGUCCGCCACCCGCUGUUAACAAUCACCAAACCCAGGAUCCAAAUGGGGUACGGCCGACUAGCCGAGGGGGCUAUCCUGGUGUUGGUACUCAAAACCUAGGUCCUCAGCCUCCAACAGGGUCACUUGUUCGUGCGCCGUCGAUCGCUCAAAGACCGGUUACGCCGAACAACCCAGUCGGCAUUGCUCUUGGCCCAGAUGGAAGUGUCGUGGUCGAUCAUAUGGCACGUCAGCCCCCGAGACAAUCACCCUACAGCCAUGCGCAACCAUCUAGCGCUCAACCAUACCCGGGGUAUAAUAAUAAUGACAACCGACAGCCACAGCCGCAGCCUCAGCCGCAACCUCAGCCUCGCGCUGAUUAUGGUGCUGUGACGACUUAUGCUGCACCUGCUCCACCACAACCUUACGUCAACUAUAAUCACGCACCUCAACGUCCUCAAUAUGAUCCUCAGCCUGUCGUCCCUUACCAGCCUCCUCCACCACCGCAGCAGCCUUACAACAACUACGGCCCGCCUGCACGGAAUCCGUCAAUUGUGGCUCACCCAAGCCAGGGUGUGAUCAAUCACCACCCUCAGCAACCUUACUAUGGUCAUAAUAAUACGAAUGCCUACCGUGCGCCAAGCCCUGCGAUGACGCGCACACCUUCUCCACAGCUCCCACGUCAUCCACCGCCUCCCACCGGUGCCUAUACUGAUGAUGGCCGCCCCAUCCUGUUUUACGUGAAAGCGCUGUACGAUUAUGCAGCGACGAUUGACGAAGAAUUUGAUUUCCAAGCGGGCGAUAUCAUCGCGGUAACUGAUACCCCCGAGGAUGGGUGGUGGAGUGGAGAGUUGCUUGAUGAAACUCAUCGGCUCCCUAAAAUCUACCCGAGCAAGGAUAACGUUCGUGGUCAUCGCAUUCUUAUCCGAGUACCACCAUACCUAGCAUUUGCCUUUGUCACAGCGGUUCUUGUGGUCAAUAACCCCUUGACGCUCCCAACAAUCCUUCUUCGACAAGCUAUUAUGCGUCCCUAUGCCAUUUACGAGCACCCCGAUUUCACCCUCUCCACUGAGUCGGUAUCAACGCUGCAAAAGAUUGCAGCGGCUUUGACUGCCGUUGCUGCAUCCAGUGCAGCUGUGUAUGAGUACAUCGCCCGCGUUGGUACUAGCCAGGGAAGCUCGACGCUUCUUUAGGCCUAGACGGAAGUCCAAGCAUUCCGUACUCACGGAAUUGGCAAACACGAGGCAUUGCCUCGUUCAUUCGUCAGAUGGUCGGUUUGUAGGAUCUAGAGCAUAUCAAGACUUCGAUAGAAGCAGGGGACAGGCUUAGGCGGACCCCGGAUUGGACAGAGGGUAAAAGCAAAUGUAAGAGUGCGCAGACUUAUCGCGGUGUAGGGUUAUAUGCAGCUCCUGUAGACGGUUCCCAUCAGGAAUGGACAUUACCGGUGAAUCGCUAUGUAUUAUCAGUUAGGGUAUUUUGUUGUACAAGUGUUAUCCAGUACUUUCCAUGUUAUUCUUUUAUGAUACAAUCGUUCAUUACUGCCAUCAUCUAGAGAUUUUUGAGAGCUAUCAU